GAAGUCCAUCUAUCCAUUUUGUACCGCUUGUCCCCUUUGGGGUUGCGGUGCUGGAGCCUAUCUCAGCUGCACACAGGCAGAAGGUGGUGUACACCCUGGACAAGUCGCUACCUCAUCACAGGGCCAACACAGAUAGACAGACAACAUUCACACUUACAUUAACACACUAGGGACCAUUUAGUGUUGCCAAUCAACUUAUAUAAGAAGUCAUUUAUUUCAAAUAAAGAAAUUUUUAGAAAUCAGAUAAUUAAAACAUCCAGCAUAAAAAUAUAUUUUUUAGAGACUAUAUUAUAAAUUGAAAUCACGACUUUGAACAAUCAAUAUUUUUUUAAAGGCUGAACAAACUCAGCGUCAACAAGAACCAGGGCUGCCAGAUCUUUCAGAUAUCUCUUCCUAAUUUAUUUUAUAUGGUCUAAUUUCAUAUUGAAAGGCUUGAGAACAAGUAUAUUUUUGCUACGGAAAAUAUUGUUUUUAUUCUCUCAGUUGGCUUCGCACGGUCAUUUCAUGUUAUUACUUUUGAUCCUUAAUUGUUUUCCAUCUGGCAACCUAUCUUCUUUUCCAACAUGGCUGCUUCGGACUGCAUCCUGCGCCGAAUCCUACACUUGCCCAGACGCCGUCCAGAUUCUGUAAGGUUUCGACUUGAUUGUUCGUGUUCACUAAGAGCAUUAUAAAUCUGCUUUUAUGGCGGCUCUUGUUUUGGUUGUCGGUUGGCUUUAGCGAACAUGAUAAUAAACUGAUAAAAAACGUUUUGUUAUUUAUUUAACGUUCGAGUCUUUUCGAAUCUCAAUUAGAAUACAAUGUUGGUGACGUUAAAAAGGUCAGAGGUCGUCUGCAGGGAGACGCUGCAUGUGCUGGACGUGUCCCGCUACACACGAGACCUGGGGGCGUCGGUCUACUUCCCCAAUGCUGCCCUGACAGGAGAUGACUUGUAUGACGUCACACUGAGCGACAUGGACUGCCGCCUGCGCGUCACUCUGGAUCCCACGCUGAACCGUCUAGUGGAGAGGAACCUGCUGCGGCGUGGCGCGGCGCUACAAAGCGUCACUUUGGCUCCCGGCGUUACAUCCCCCAGCUUCAUCAUGGCGUGUGUGGACAUCAAAGAUGAGGAGGCGGAGGUCGGGGUGUCUGACUGUGACUCGCUGCCCUGGACCGCAUCCCCCGAUGUGACAGGUCCUCUGAGGGCCAACCGGCUGGUGUUUCUUCCUCUGUGGAACAAUGUAGACUUCAGCGGCGCCGCCUGGCAGCAGACUCCGCCCCCCAUGGAAGAUGAGGAAGAAGAGGAGGAGGAAGCUAGUCGUCCUAGCGUGACUGUUAAAGACUUGCGUGACGGAUACUUGUCCAAGCAUAAGGGCGUGCUGCACGGCGCCAUUCGCCGUCGGUUGAUCGUGCGCAUCCUGGCCAAGUCACAGCUGCUGUACUACGGCAGACAUGACAGCAACUGCAGGUGUCCUUACAGGGCGCUCUUGGAGGUGUGUGACCACACGGGAAGUGUGUGUGUGGUGUUGUGGAACAGCGUGUGCGUCACAUGGUACCGCCCUCUCAAGCCCGGCGACAUCAUCAGCCUUAGCCACUUCCGGGUCAAGCAGCUCUACCAGUCCGAUAACGACGAUAUCGAGAUCAGCGUGAACAGCCGAAAUCCCACCGCUUGUAUUUCUCUGCUCCCGGAGUCCUCAGUGGCAGUUGACCGCUUGCCGCCACAACCCGCCUACAGCUUCUAUAGCAGUAAGGAGCUGCCGGACCGCCCUAACCACAGUCUGUGUGAUAUCAUCGGCCUGGUCACCUUCACGGGACGUGCCGAGAGAAUCAGGAGAAAAGACGUCCUGGACUCCGUAGGAGGAACGGAGCUUUUAGAGUAUCGCUGGCUACGACUGGAGGACGGAACCAGUUCCCGGCCCAUUUGGGUCAAGCUCUUCUCCACCUCACAACCAGAAACUCACUGCAGGCUCCGCCCACUGUUGGUGGUGGUGUGCACUCGCCUGAUGGUGGUCCAGAAAGCCGUCGGCGUCUUCUACCUGACCAACACGAUGCAAACGCAACUCUACUGCACAGGUCAGGGCCACCACUCAGAGAUGAGCUAUCGCAAACUCAUGGCGGUCCGGGCAUUCCUCAGGUGGUUGAAACGUCACGAUGAAGCAAGCGUUCAGCGCUUGGCUCUCAUUGGAGGAUUCUUCACAUAUCCGCCCCCUCCCGUCUCCUUGGAAACGUACAUGAAAGACCGCACAGGUGAGCCAGGUUUCCUUGAGGGGGCGGAGCUUCUGAGGGAGAUGACGGGAUUGUGUUACAGGGAGCGACGCACCUUUUGUGUCCAAGCAACUGUUACCAUGGUGACAUACUGCCGGCGAGGAGAGGAGAAGGACUGCAUCUUCUGGACAUCUUCAACCCUGCACGCCUCAACCUCGCCACUCUCCUCCCCGCUCGCUGCUAGUCAGCGGACGCCCCUCCCACUGCUGUCCCCCAGCGCCAGUAGGCCGUGGAAGAGGAAGCUCCCGCUGCACUCGGAAUCUCCACAAAAGGGACCACCUCAAGCUACUUUACAAGCAGAGCACAGCAACAAAACAGUUGUCCUCUUUGAAGCUUCCAUGGAGUUCCUCCAAGACUCCAACGAAGAAGAUGACGACGAGGACGACGACGCUUCCUCUUUUGCCACCUGCCCCUCCCACCCCGAUUUCCCACACAUCGCCGUUGAGUCGCUGGCGAUGCGGUACGACCCCGCCCAUGGGGAGCAGCAGGCGGUUGCCGUGGCAAUGGGAGGACAAUUGAAGUCCCUCGGUGCCACCUUUGACUCCGAGGAUUACUACACUUUCACACUUAGAGUUUUGUCAGACGGCGCGGUCGUUUCCGCCAUCUUCCUCCCUCAGUCGCAGUUUUCCUCCCUCUUGCCGGCCUCCCUCCCCCAUGCCAAUACCUGGAUCUCCAUCUUGUCCCACGGAGCCUUCUCUUCACACACACACCCACCCUCACCAGUUGACCUCGUUGCCACGGCACCGCUGCUGGCGAAUCAGAGGCUAGUGUGCUUGCUGGAGACGUGUCAUCUGGGCGGAGACUCCAGCGAGGUCAUCCUGAGUCGAGCGUUCCUGCUGAGGGGAUGACGUGAGAACUCCUCGUCGUUUUUGCACUUUAGGAUGUGUGUUGUUGAGGUGUUAAAGGGGAACUGCACUUUUUGCGGAAGAACACGUUUUUUGGUUGUUUUUUUUUAAAUCCAUUCUACCUUGUAAAUAAACGCUAGCAAAGUCAGCUAACAAUUUAACUAAAAACAUCCAAAAAGCGCCAACAAUACGCCAUUUACAUUUCGUGACCUGAACAUUAACCAAGCAUUAGUGAUAUUAUAAAGGAACUACUUUUAGCAGCACAUUGAUCACAGAGAGGUAACCAGCGUAUGCUUCUGUAUUGACAAUAAAGUACUAUCUAUCUAUCUAUCUAUCUAUCUAUCUAUCUAUCAUCAGCUGGGGAGCUGCUCUCACGCCUCUGAGCUGGUAAAAGGUAAUGCUCGAUUAUAAAUCAUGCCUCUCACCUAGAUAGUAGAAGGUUGUGGACAUAAACCAAGAAGCUGGUCAACUUUGACCUCCAACUUAGACCCGUAGAUGAUGAGAAAGACACGAGAAGACGCUCGUUUUCACCCCCUUUUUUUUUUAACCCGUUGUGAGGAUUAUGAUGUUAAUUAUUCAUCUAAACGGUAAGAUAUGGACAUCCCAAUAAGAUGAGAUAUUGUACAGUAAAUGAUGUUCUAAUAUGUUUGUUGUCUCUUAUGAAGUUUGCAGGGAGUAGUAAUCAGUGUUGUUAUUAAAGAAAAAAGUGAAUGUGAUGCAUUUGUUAAAGUAAUGCGCCGCCGUCUGCUUAAAAUAAGCAAAAUAUCCAUCCAUCCAUUUUCUACCGCUUGUCCGAAUAUGCCUGUUACUACUUUACAUAUAUACUUACAGCGUGUAUAUAAAACCUCGAUAGAGGUUAUUUACAGUGCUUUAUAGGCAAAAUAGAGCAACUCCAAUUGGCUCCAUUCUUAGCUGACUUUUACUAACGUUUAUUUUUACUAGUUAGAAUGUAUAUUAAAAAAAAAGGAAAACAAUGUGUUCUUGUCUUAUGUAAGGAUUGCGAAUGAUUCCAAAACAAAUUUUUAAAAAGUGUAGUUCCCCUUCAAAGGCAAUGUGUGUCUGUGUGAAGUCUAAAGUGUGUGCAUGUGUGUGUGUGUGUGUUUGUGUGUGUGUGUGUGUGUGUGUGUGUGUGUGUGUGUGUGUGUGUGCGUGUUGGAUGAAGGAAGUCUUGAAGAAGUUGGAAUGUUCUGAUUUUGACUAAAAGGUUGUUGUCAUACAA